AUGGCUCUCCUUGUCGAUAAGCUGCGUCCACGGACUCUCGAUGCCCUUUCAUACCACCCCGAACUCUCUGAUCGCCUUCGGUCUUUGGCCCAAAGCGGAGACUUCCCCCAUCUGCUCGUAUAUGGACCAUCAGGAGCAGGCAAAAAAACACGGAUCAUUGCGACACUGAAAGAGCUGUAUGGCCCGGGAGUUGAGAAGAUCAAGAUCGAUGCCCGAGUGUUCCAAACGACGAGCAACCGCAAGCUGGAAUUCAACAUCGUCUCCUCUAUCUACCACCUCGAGAUCACCCCGGCCGACGUCGGUAAUUAUGACCGUGUCGUGGUCCAGGAACUGCUCAAGGAGGUGGCGCAAACGCAACAGGUGGAUCUCUCGGCCAAGCAACGAUUCAAGGUUGUCGUGAUCAAUGAGGCCGACCAUUUGACGCGCGAUGCUCAGGCUGCACUGCGUCGGACCAUGGAGAAAUACAGCCCCAACCUACGCCUGAUUCUUCUCGCCAACAGCACCUCCAAUAUCAUUGCCCCGAUCCGGUCUCGGACCCUGCUGGUCAGGGUUGCUGCGCCCACUGAGAGCGAUAUUUGCUCGGCGCUUCGCAUUGCGGGGAAACGAGAGGGAUGGACAGAGGCCGAAGGGCUCAAUGCGAGAAUUGCAAAGGAGAGUGGGCGGAACUUGCGUCGUGCGCUCCUCAUGUUCGAGGCUAUCUAUGCGCAAAAUGAAAAAGUCACGGAUAAGAGCCCUAUCCCGCCCCCAGACUGGGAAGCUCUCAUCUCGGUAACGGCCGAUGAGAUCCUGGCAGAACGCUCGCCAGCUCGUCUCUUGCAGGUCCGAGCUCGUCUUUACGAUCUUCUGACCCACUGCAUACCGCCGACGACUAUUCUCAAGACCUUGACAUUUAAGCUUGUCGGACAAGUCGACGACGCCCUCAAAUCCGACGUGAUCAAGUGGUCCGCUUUCUACGAGCACCGGAUCAAGCUGGGCAGCAAAGUGAUUUUCCAUCUCGAGGCUUUCGUGGCCAAGUUUAUGCGCAUCUAUGAGAGUUACUUGAUGGGCAUGGAUUUCUAG